AUGUCCAACGCACUCGCCCCUCCGCUCAGGAGCGCCAUGAAGCAGUCUUCCCGGCCCAGCUCUCCCGUAGCCUCCCCGCAACUCGGCCGCGUGCCCCUUCCCCCCGCACCGAGCACAGCCAUCCCCGCCCCGCCCGCCGCCGCCGCCGCCCCGUCCCCCGAGCACGCCUUCCACCCGCUCCCCGCCUCCAACGCCCAGCCCCCGCCCGCCCACUCCAGCAUCCACCACCCCGAGCAUGAGAAGGAGUCCCACCACACCUCAUCCCACCCCCACCACCCGACCUACACCCCCAAGGUCUCCUUCGACACCUUUGAGAACCCCGCUGCAAGCAUGUUCUCCUUCACCCUCCGCGCACAGACAGAUCUCUACCGCCGCACACGCAACACCCGUGUCUUCCUGUGCGCUGCGAGUCCAGAUGAGAGCGGGAGCGAAGCGCUGGACUGGGCGAUCGACACCCUCGUCCAGGAUGGAGAUGAGCUGAUCGUGUUUCGAGGCGUCGAUGAAGACGAGCUGGCGGAAAAAGACCACGAUCUAAUCCGCGACUCUGCGCGCGAACUUCUGGCAUCCAUCCAGGCCCACGCCCACGCCUCCGCACCCGACCGCCAGCUCUCCCUCAUCCUCGAAUACGUCGCCGGAAAAAUCACAGACUCCAUCGACCGCCUCAUCGCGCUGUACCGCCCCGACUCUCUCGUCGUCGGCACGCGCGGACGGCGCUUCGGCGUCGGUUUGGUGCAGGGACUCGGCGCGGGCCUGGGGCUGGGCGUCGGUGCCGGGGGCAUCGGGAGUGUGAGCAAGUAUUGUCUCUCACAUUCGCCUGUGCCGGUCAUUGUCGUCCGGCCUGGUAGAAAACUGCGCAAGGCCGUCGAAAAGCGCCGCGCAGAUCCCAAGCGUGGUAGGCACUUUGAUUCUUGA